AUGGUUAUCGGACUUCCAUCGCCACCGACUAUUAUCGAAGAAGAUAUGCAUGUAUGCGAAGUACCCAUAGUGAAUAGUCAUAUGUUAAAUGAAUCAAGUCCAGCAUCAUUUUGUAAUACAAUACUGCCGUUAGAAUCAUUGCCAACAAUAUCAGCCGAAUUACCUAUUGAUAAAUUAAAUAAAUAUUCGUUUAAUCUAGAGGAACUGCCGUUUGAUUGCUUAACUGGUGAAGAAUAUCGUGGUCAUGGAGCUGAUUUAACGGAAGGAAUUAUUUAUUUAACAACAUAUCGUUUAUUUAUAUUUACAAAUGAAUCAUGUUAUUCGUUUAUAAAUUGUCCAGUACGUUUAAUUGAUUCAAUGGAAAUCAAAGAUAAUAUUUAUCUAUAUAUACAAUGUAAAGAUAUGCGUUCAUUUCGUUUAAUAUUUUUUACAACAGAAAAAUGUUCUUAUUGGUUAAAUGAAUUAAAUAAAUUAAUAUCAGUACCAUUAUGUCUAGAUAAUUUAUUUGCAUUUAAAUUUGCUUUAUCUAAAACAAAUCAAGAACGUUCGUUAAGAGAUCGUUUUAAUGAUGAAUUUACGCGUUUACAAUUGGAUUCAUAUCCAUGGCGUCUAACAGAAAUUAAUCGAAAAUAUGAAUUAUGUACUAGUUAUCCAGAAUUUUGCAUUGUACCAUCGACUAUAACGGAUGACGAACUUUUUGAAGUUGCAAAAUUCAGAUCAUAUAGAAGAUUUCCAACAAUUGUUUGGAGACAUAAUAAUGGUGCGGUUAUUGCACGUACAAGUCAACCUGAAGUUGGUUGGCUAUUUUGGCGUUCCAAAGAGGAUGAAAAAAUGGUUCAAGCCAUUAUCAAUGCAUGCAAUACGACAACAUCUGAUUGUCCUCCUCGUGAAAGUGGUGCAAAUCGUUUAUUAAUUCUUGAUGCACGAAGUUAUACUGCAGCCAUUGCAAAUCGUGCUAAGGGUGGUGGCUUUGAAUAUCCGCCAUACUAUACUGAUUGCGAUGUACAAUUUAUGAAUUUACCAAAUAUUCAUGCUAUUCGUAAAAGUGCUCUAAUGUUACGUGCUGCUAUCACGAAUGCAGCAGCAGGUGAAAAUUGGCUUUCCCAAUUAGAAUCUAGUCGAUGGUUACAUAAUUUAUCAGCAUUAAUUGGUGCUGCAUCAUUUGUUGUUGCUAAUAUUAAUAAACAUGGUCGACCAGUUCUCGUUCAUUGUUCGGAUGGUUGGGAUCGGACACCACAAAUAACAACAUUAGCUGAGAUAAUGCUCGAUUCAUAUUAUCGAACAAUAGACGGCUUUCAAACCUUAGUACAACGUGAAUGGAUUGCAUUUGGACAUAAAUUUGGUGAUCGUUGUGGUCAUGGUGUUGGCGCUAAUGAUCCGAACGAACGAAGUCCUGUAUUUUUGCAAUGGCUUGAUUGUGUUUAUCAAUUAUUUAUUCAAUAUCCGAUUGGAUUUGAAUUCAAUGAAAUGUUUCUUCUUAAAUUAGCACUUCAUACAUAUACUUGUUUGUAUGGAACAUUCUUAUGUAAUACAAAUCGUGAACGAAUAGACGUCGAAUUAGAAACACGAUCAUUAAGUAUUUGGGGUUUGUUAAAUAUAAAAUCUACGCAAUUUACCAAUCAUUUAUUUGAUGAAAAAAGCAAAGAAGUACUUUAUCCAACGUAUUCAGUUCGUGAUCUACGUAUAUGGUCAAAUUUAUAUUUGCGUGAUGUACGAUUUACACCCGCUGGUUCAUCAGAACAUCGUUCAUCGUCAUGCGCGGCACCUGGUCGUCCACAUUCUUAUGAAGAUUUACCAUCAUUAACCAGUGGUUUAUGUCGGUCUACAUCGGACCCAAAUUUAAGUGGCGAAUUAAGUCUUGAAUCAUCAUUGAUAACAGUACGUACUGCUAAUACGAAUAUAAAUAAUAGCUCAUUUACAAAUGGCAGUGCACAACUUCAGUCCAAUCGUUUACAAAAUUCAACAUCAUCAAAUAGUUUAUUUGGUCCGCCGCAUCAUCUUGGUACACUUAAUGAUAGUAAUCAUGAUAUGAUAAAUAUUCCUGCUAAUACUACAUUAAUUUCAGCAUCUGCAAAUAAAAUAAAUACUACUCCACCGCCAACAGUAACCGUACCGAAUAAUAGUUGUUAUGACAGUCCAGAUAAUCGAAUAAAAAAAUACAGUUAUACCACUGAUGAUUCUGCACCUGAUAUAACACAAUUAGCAUUGGCAUGUCGACAAUUUCCAUUGAAUGUUACUAGUGUUGAUAAUAUAUUACGAGCUAUGUCACGCCCACGAAAACAUACAAAUUCGGCAUCAAGUACUCGUUCAAGUAUAUCAGAAUAUUCAUUAACAAAGCUCAAUUCAAAUGAUUCCAAUCAGACACAACAAAUGAUGUUACCAACAUCAUUCUCAUCAUCAAAUAAAAGAACAAAAUCUAUUCGAAAACGUAUUGAUGAUGAUGGUUUAACAAAAGUUCCCGAUCAAAUUACUUCAAGAAUGUUUGAAAAAGAGCGUGAAUAUGUACAAGAAAUUGAAAGUCUUAAUGAUCAAAUAGGACGCAUGUUAAAAUUUGUACACACACUGAUUAAAUUAAAUAAUAAUAACAAUAACAAUAACAAUCUUUAUAAUACAUCUCCACGUAUGGAUGUAAUAUCACAAAGUAACGCAAAUAGUAUUGAAACAUCAUCAUUCGCGUCAUGGCAAAAAAUUGAGAACACAGAAGGAGCUGUGGCACGUUGGAUACCAGAUUUUAAUGUUCAUACAUGUCAGUUAUGUCAUAUAAAAUUUCAACAAUGGCCGCUAUCACGUAAACACCAUUGUCGAAAGUGUGGAAAUAUAUUUUGUGGUACUUGUGCUAAGUAUUAUGCAUCAAUUCCAUCUAUGAACUUAACGGAUCCUGUACGUGUAUGUCGUGAUUGCUUUUCAGCAUUAGAUGAUACUAAUAAGCCUACAGCUGCGGAAUCACCAACAAAAAUUGAAACUCCUAUUUCCAUACAAAAUGGUUGUCGACAAACGAAUGGAACACAAAAUGGAUCAUUCAAUGCAGGAGGAGGACAAAAAGUGAAAGGAUAA